CUCGCAUGCUUCCGUUGUGAUCCGUUUGAGGGUAUUUAUUGUUCAAGAAACGCGUAAAGAAUAAUUUUCCCAGAUGAGCUGCUGUGCCUGAACAUCUGAUACAAAAGUUUCCUGAGUCGCGCUGGUCUCGGAGCAAAUCAACAUGGGGUAUUUGAUUUACAAAGACGUUUGAAAAUCCGUCCCUCCGAAGCUCAAGGAUCAUGGUGUGAUAUUGCAUAUUCUAAACUCGAUUGUUUCUAGUUCCCGAGCACGCAUUCGCCAACAAUCGAACAACAACCGAGACCAAAAAAGGCCAGCGAAACCGCCUUUCACAUACAAGUACACUAAUACACAUACACGGAUACCUGGACGAUCACAAUCCCCAGCACCAAAAGAGAUGACUGAGCAGAACGUGACAUCCCUCUUUGACACGCCGUACGAUGCCCUCCCUGACAAAAAGCGGGUCUGGCAGGGUACCCCAGGAAGCCGUGAAGAGGGACUUGGAAAACUCGCGAUUCUCACACCUGACGUCGUCGCUAGAGCCGCCGCAGAAAUUCGGACCGGGCGGAGGGUUUGCUUAAACUGGGAGCUCACCAAGCUGGAAACGGCGGGCUUCAAUCGGAAAGCAUGCGAGCACAACAUUGUCCCGCUUCUGGAAGGCGUUAUCUACGACGACACGUACAAUUUCAACCCACAGCAAAGCAGUCAAUGGGAUGGGCUCAGACAUUUUUCGAUGCCAAACCCGGCAGAAGGCGGAAAGGAGCGAACUGAGCGUGUCUUUUACGGUGGGACCACCAUUGCAGAGAUUAUGGACAGAAGCAACACUAGAAUCGGAAUUCACCAUUGGGCGAAAGAAGGUAUAGCAGGUCGUGGUGUACUCAUUGAUUAUGCGUGGUGGGCCGAGCGGAAGGGUAUUCAGUAUUCGUCGUUUUCGAAACAUGAGGUCAAAUUGUCGGAGAUCAAGGAGAUUGCGAAGGAGUGUAACAUUGAGUUUCGGAAAGGUGAUAUUCUUUUUGUGAGGAUCGGCAUAACAAGAGAAUGGGACACUAAGAUGAACGAAGAAGACAAGAAAGCCUACGCAGCGAACCCUACUCCUGAACAUGCUGGGUUAGAGGUUACGGAAGAUAUGAUCCGAUGGCACUGGGAUAGCGGUUUUGCGGCAGUUGCAGGAGACUCGAUCGGAUGGGAAGUGUACCCUCCUAAGGAUGUGAAGCUUUUGUUGCAUGAGUAUCUUCUUGCAGGCUGGGGUAUGCCCAUUGGUGAGCUAUUCGAUCUCGAAAGCCUCUCCAAGGUAUGCCAGGAAUUGGGCAGGUGGUCAUUUUUUGUCAGCUCAACCCCAUUCAACAUGCCUGGUGGGGUUUCUUCGGCGAGCAAUUGCAUGGCAAUUUUCUAGGAGGGCAUUGAGAGUACCAUUGGAUUACCAACGCUCACUAAGAGUCGUGUGUAUGUCCUUGCCCAUGAUUAUGUGCCACGCCCAAGUCUGCGUGUUUUUCUCCCCCUUUACCCUCCUCUUCUUUCAGUUGGGGGAGCAAUGGAAUUUCUUUCUGGCCUUCUGGCCUCUUCCAGUCCCAGUCCUUGAUGGAUUGUCUGGAAACUUGCCUCUUAUCUAUCCACUCAAACAAUUCGUCCGUAUUUUGACACUUUCUCCAAGCAUUGAAGUCUGGAAAUGGUUCUGGCUGGUCCUCCAUCCAUGUCCAAGUCACAAUGUUCAAGCUUGGUUGGCAUUUCAAUGCAUUCAGCAGUACACCAAUACAAUGUGAUCGGUGUGCAGCAUGCAUAGGAGGAAUAUUUGACAUAUCUCCCCACUUCUCACGGUAGUAGUAAUCGUAGUGCGCAAAUCUA